CCCUCUUCGCGCCCUGGAGUGGUGCUUGCACGCCCAUGCACGCGUCUACGCAGGUUUUUCUGCCCACGAGUGCGUGGCCUUUGCUCUGUAAUAUGUGGGAUGAUGGUGGGUUGCUCUCAGCCUCAGCCAGGCCCAGAAAGGCGGACCGGACCGGACACAGGUCCAGAGAGGGUGGGAGAGGAGGAGCGGAGGUGAGCGGACUAGGAGAGAGUAUAAAAAGAAAGUUCUGGAAUUACAUUGGUCUGGCUCAGGUUACUGUUCCUGUGACCGUGAGCUGGUUACUUCAUGCGCAGAGCCUCAUUUCCACACCUGUAAAAUGGGCAUAAUGAUAGCGUUUACCCCAAGCCAGAGUUGUGAGGAUUAAAUGAGAUAACUGGUGUCAUUGCACUCAAUUUCCUGACAUGUGAUAAAAGCUGUUUAAAUUUAGCUACAGUAAAACCUGUGGAAGGCGGAACCUGUCAGAGAAGGAAAAUGCAAAUAUAUUCCACUAACGGGGAACGAUUGAAAAGUGGUAAGAUUGCACCCUGUCAAAGAUGGAAAACUUGUGAGACCUGGAAAAACAAGACAAUCCUGUGGCGUUCUGCUCUCUGGGUCGCCAGCAUCGACGUGGUGGAGAAUGAAGAGGCCAGUGCUAAUGUCGUCGUUAAGAUGACAGACUCAUUUACUCAGCAGGCUGACCAGGUGACUGUGGAGGUUGGAAAACUCCUGGGUGAAGAGAAGGUGGACGCAAUCCUUUGUGUGGCUGGAGGAUGGGCUGGGGGCAAUGCCAAGUCCAAGUCUCUCUUUAAAAACUGUGACCUGGUGUGGAAGCAGAGCAUAUGGACGUCUACCAUAUCCAGCCACCUGGCCACCAAGCAUCUCAAGGACGGAGGCCUGCUGACCUUGACUGGUGCCAAGGCUGCCCUGGAUGGGACCCCUGGGAUGAUCGGCUACGGCAUGGCCAAGGGUGCCGUGCAUCAGCUGUGCCGGAGCCUCGCGGGAAAAAACAGUGGCAUGCCAUCGGGCUCGGCCGCCAUCGCUGUGCUCCCGGUUACCCUGGAUACCCCGAUGAACAGGAAAUCCAUGCCUGAGGCCGACUUCAGCUCUUGGACACCCUUAGAAUUCCUGGUUGAAACCUUCCACGAGUGGAUAACAGGGAAAAACCGACCGAGCUCGGGAAGCCUCAUCCAGGUGGUAACCACGGGAGGAAAGACAGAGCUUACGCCAGCACGUUUUUAAGGUUCAUCUCAGUGCCUGUGAGGGGCCUGCCAAACAGAUGGUCACAACUGGCCCUGUGUUUUCUGUAAUCCUGUUCGUGGUAUGAGAUAAAUUUUUGUUGUUGUCUAAUAUACAUUUGAGUCCUGUUGGUGUAGUGGUUAAGAGUUAUGGCUGCUAACCAAAAGGUCGGCAGUUUGAAUCCACCAUUCACUCACUGGAAGCCCUGUGGGGUAGUCCUACUCUGUCCUAUAGGGUUGCUAUGAGUCAGAAUCGACUCCACGGCAAUGGGUUUUUUUGGAAUGUGCGUUUGCUCUCCCAAGACAGUGUGAAAUGUUUAUGGGAAAUAAAAACGGGCGAGGGUGGAGGCUCGCGAAUGGCAUCCACCAGUGCUCACUGUUUAAGCUCUGGAGGUCUGUGAAUGGCCCGUUUGUAAGGGUGUCAGAUCCUGUUUGUUUAUCUGCCCCUUACAGUGGCUGCUGUCUUGAUUAGCUCAACGAUUUGUUGGUAUGGGGCCGCUUGGAGGCUGAGUUAUUUUUAAAUGUUAUGUUUAUGCCAUAGAUGUAGUUUUUGCAGCCUUGAGUGAAACUGCCUUAAAACUCCUCUAGCAGUGUAAGCAAAACCCAGUGGACUCUGUCCCCGUGUCCUUCUUCUGUACAGCUGCCAAGUGUCCCCUGGCCAAGGGCUAAGGCCUCGUGUGUGCGAAAGAAGUUCUUGUGAUUAUUUGAAGUUUUUCCACCUAAUAAAUGCACUUCAUUUAUUGUGCUGUGUUCUCUAA